AUACAGUUACAGUUGCAGCUGUGAAUUGAAAGGGGAAAUGAGCUCGGCAAAGAAGCGAUGGCAGAUACUGGCAGCCGCACUCCGUCCGUCCUCGUCCUCGUCCUCGUCGUCGUCAUCAUCGCCAUCGCCAUCCGCGACCAACGAUCUGCUCGCUGAGGGUGCCGGCGAGGGUGCCGACGGAGUGAGUGUGCGGCGAUUCGCGUCGUACAACCUGUUUGAAGUAACGCCAGCCUCGACAGCAGCCGGCUCGUCAGGCUCAACCGCUAAUACCAGUCGUGCAAGUGUGCAAUACAAAAUCAAGGCAGCAAGUGGCGAUUCCGAUGCAUUGAUAAUCAGCCAUCCUUCGUCGUUCAAGAAGGCUGUUACCCCAGAAGCAUUGAUUGGAUUUAAUAACACGGGAAAUGUUUGCGUAUGGCCAUCAGAAGAAGUCCUUGCAGGAAAGCGAGUCAUCGAGCUCGGCUCGGGAUACUCGGCACUUGCGGCCUUGGUUGUUGCGGCAACCGGACUGCCAAGCGAGGUUGUUAUGAAUAUCGAGGCAAACGCCAAGGCGCUCAAUUGCCCUGUGAAAGCGACCAUGUUACGCUGGGACAGGGAUGCCGUGAAAGCGUCAGGGCUUCAAGGUCCAUUUGACGUUGUGAUUUGCGCCGACUGUCUCUUCUUUGAGGAGUUCCACGAGGGCCUCUGCCAAACGCUGCAAGACCUCGUCGGACAAGACGGCACAAUUCUAUCGUUCGCACCAACUCGUGGUCACACUCUAGACGCGUUCUGUCGCGUUGCGAGUGCGAGCUUUGAGAUUGAACGCAGUGAUGACUACGAACCGCGGGUGGUGGCUGUGCGCGAUGCGCAAGAGGCAAAGCAACAAUCCGCACUCACCGAUGCGGCGGGUAGUCCGCAGCCGUUUGAUCGGAAUCUGCAUUACCCCGUCUUUUUAACACUUCGUCGACUCAAGCACAAAGACUCGUGA